CCGGCGGCGGCGGCGGCGCCCUGGAGGAAGUGCCUGGGGGCUGCGAGGGCGGAAGCGGAGCGCUGGCCGCUCUAGCCGCUCCGAGGCCCGGCGGACGCGCCCCUGCCCGCCGUGCGUCCGGGAUGGACGAGGAGAGCCUGCAGAGCGCCCUGCGGACCUAUGACGCCCAGCUGCAGCAGGUGGAGCUGGCCCUGGGAGCCGGCCUGGAUCCCUCGGAGCUGGCCGACCUGCGCCAGCUGCAGGGGGACCUGAAGGAGCUGAUCGAGCUCACCGAGGCCAGCCUGGUGUCCGUCAGGAAGAGCAAGCUGCUGGCCACCUUGGACGGCGAGCACCCGGCCCAGGCCGACGCCGACUAUCUGGCUUUCCGGGAGGCCGUAGCUGAGGGGGCGGAGGGGCCCGCAGCCCCCAGGGCAGAGCUGGAGGCGGCUCCCGAAGGGGAGGCUGGGCCGCAGCGCAGCGGGCGCGGACGGGAGGAGGAGGAGGGCGAGGGCGCGGACGCGGAGGCGUGGAGUGGGAGGAAGGUGAACGCCCCCUACUACAGCGCCUGGGGCACCCUGGAGUACCACAACGCCAUGAUCGUGGGCGCCGAGGAGGCGGGCGACGGCUCGGCGGGCGUGCGCGUGCUCUACCUGUACCCCACGCAGAAGUCCCUGAAGCCCUGCCCGUUCUUCCUGGAGGGCAAGUGCCGCUUCCAGGAGAGCUGCAGGUUCUCCCAUGGGCAGGUGGUCUCUGUCGAUGAGCUGCGCCCCUUCCAGGACCCGGACCUGAGCUCCCUACAGACUGGCUCUGCAUGUCUGGCCAAGCAGCAGGAUGGCCUUUGGUACCCAGCGCGGAUAACUGACGUGGAUAGCGGCUACUAUACGGUCAAGUUUGACUCGCUGCUGCUGAAGGAGGCCGUGGUGGAGGGGGACAGCAUCCUGCCCCCACUGCGCACCGAUCCCACAGGGUCCUCGGACUCGGACAGCGGUGAUGCGGAUGAUUCCAGCUAUGCCAGAGUGGUGGAGCCCAGUGCUGUGGACCAUGGGGCCUGCAGCUCCGCCUUUGCCGGCUGGGAGGUGCACACACGGGGCAUCGGCUCCAGACUCCUUGCCAAGAUGGGCUACGAGUUUGGCAGGGGUGAGUGUGUGCUACACUGGCACCAGCUGUCGCCCAGCAACUGGAUGCCGCUGGAAGAGGGGCCGUCUGCUGCCCGGUCAGCCUUCUUGCGGGCCUAG